AUGUCCCUGAGCUCUGAUUCGUGUCUGGAGGAGGAGCUGGUGGUCACAGCUGCUCGCCUGGAGCAGAGGGAGCAGAGGGACCUGAGGGACCAGGGGGACCCGUCCCACAGCGGGGGCCUGUGUCUGGACGACAGCCUCACCAGUCUCCAGUGGCUGCAGGAGUUCUCCAUCUUGGGCCCGAGCCGGCAGCAGUCGCCUCUGUUUGGGCACGUGGCGGCAGGGUGCCACCUGGACGCGCCCUCCUCUCCUCUGGCGGGAGACCCGGCCUGCGCGGGGAACCCCCUGACCCCAGGCAAGCCCACGGCCGCCGCCCACUCCCGGGUGCCUCUUCCCGGGAUCGUGGCGGUGGGACACUGUCCCGACGACGUGGACUAUAAAACAAACCCGUACGUGAAGCCGCCGUACUCGUACGCCACGCUCAUCUGCAUGGCCAUGCACGCCAGCAAGAAGAGCAAGAUCACCCUGUCCUCCAUCUACGCCUGGAUCACCGACAACUUCUGCUACUACCGCCACGCCGACCCCACCUGGCAGAACUCGAUCCGUCACAAUCUGUCCCUGAACAAGUGCUUCAUCAAAGUCCCGCGGCAGAAGGACGAGCCGGGCAAAGGCGGCUUCUGGAGGAUCGACCCUCAGUACGCCGAGCGCCUCCUGAGCGGCGCCUACAAGAAACGCCGCCCUCCCCCGGUCCAGAUCAACCCGGCGCUGCAGAACCGGCUCCGGCUGACGCUCCCGCCGCCGCCGCCGCCGGACGCCGCCGACCUGAGCUUGAGCCCGGAGUCCCACCUGCUGCUCCGACAGUUCGAGGAGGCCACGGGCGCCGACCAGAACUACGACCCGCGGCUGGGCGAGGGGACGAUGCUCGGGUCGUGGCCGGACGAGCGCGGCCGGCGGAAGAGGAAGCUGGCGGCGAAGAACCGAGGCAAGAAAGCCCAGAGGCGCUGCAGCUCCCCCCUGCUGUCCGCCGAGGAGCCCAGACACCUCGGUCCGCUCAAGGGCGACUUCGACUGGGACGCCAUCCUGGACUCUGCGCUGAGCGGCGAGCUGAGCCUGGAGGAGGGGAGCGAGCCGCUGAGCCCCGCCGGCGACGAGGAGCUCAACGUGAGGGGGACGCACAUCUGCCCCAUCGAGGUGGAGGUGGUGGAGCCCGGCGACCUGCACGCGCUGGCGGAGGCGCGGCGCGGCGGGGACCUGGACGAGGAGACGUUCCUGGCGACGGCGUUCCUGGAGGAGCCGUGGUCGGAGGAGGAGGAGCCGAGGCAGGCGGGGUUCCUCAGCGUCUCCUCGGUCACUCUGGAGCAGCUGUUCGACCUCGGGGGGGCUCUGACGGACGGGGUGAGGAUGGACGCGCUGCUCUGA